UGGGUGUGGCUGUCGGAGGUGGAUGAAGAAGCCCUGGUGCAGCUGUCGGUCCCUGCGGAGCUGGCCCAGGAGGUGCUGCAGGUCCUGGAGAAGCGGUGCCAGGGCAGCUCUCUGCGUGACCUGCGUGGCUCCCGUGUCUACGCCAGACAUUUCCUCGGAAGGGGGGCAGAGCAGGAUGGUGGAGGGAGCACCGCAGUGUCCUCAGAGGGUGACAGGAGCACCGGCCCUGAAGGCACGAUGGCCAAGGCAGCGGAGGGAGACCUUUCUGCAGCCCCAGGGCCGCCCCAAGGCUGCAGUGUGGCAGUGAAGUCAGAUUCCCAGCUGUUCAGCGAGCUCUUGGAGAGGGAAGGGCUGUUCCUGCCAGAGGUGACGGAGGAGCAGAUCCAAGCGCUGGGCAGCUCCAAGGGGCUGAGCGAGAGCGGCUCGCUGGCCAAGGUUGCAGCUGUGGUGGACGUGAUCCAGAGCAGCAGCUCAGCGGUGGGGCUGCGCUUAGCUGGGCUCAAGCACAUCCUGAAGAUGCUGGAGGAGGAGCCCAAGUCGGAGCAGCAAGUCGGCACAGCCCAGGGCGGGCUGGGCAUCGGGAGUGCUGGGGAGAAGCUGGUGCAGGUGUCAGUGGAGCUGCUGAGCACGGAGGUGUCAGAGAAGGCGCUGGUGGCGGUGACGCUGCGGCUGCUGGCCGUGCUGCUGGCCCUGUGCUACGAGUGGCGCGUGCCCUUUGCCACGGAGGGCGGCGUGCGGGCCGUGCUGGGCUGCAUGCAGCAGCACGGCUGCUCGGCCCUGGUGCAGCAGGCCGGGCUGGCGGCCCUGAAGGUGCUGGUGGGAGCUGCGGACGCCGAGCCGGGAGGCGCCGGCGGGAAGUGCUUGCCCUGGAACCACGGCGAUGCGCAGAUGAUGCGGGAGAUCUUUGCCAGCAUCGGCUCUGCCUCCAGCAAGGGCUCUGCCAGCCUGCUGAGUUGCAUCCCUGCUGCCCUGAGCACCAUGCAGAGGGUCCCAGGGGGCUCCUCAGGAGUGCAGAACGGCCUGCUGGUGGUGAACAUGCUGAUGGACGGGCACCGGGGCCUGGCGGAGCAGCUGGCGAGCUGCGAUCUCCUGGCGGUGCUGCAGAGCUGCUGGAGGGCCGGGCAGAGCAGCGGCUGCCCCCAGGCAGUGCUGGCCCUCAGCGCCAUCAAUCGGCUGGCAGAGCACGGGCUGCCCCUGGGCCCGGAGGCAGCAGGCAGAGAGCUCCUGCUGGACCCCAAGGGCGUGCAGAUGCUGCUGGGUGGCCUGGACGAUGGCGUCCUGUCCAAGGAGGUGGUGGUGGCCCUGGAGCGGCAGCUCUGCAGCCAAGGCCCUGUUCCCUCUGGCCAGGUGGCCCAGCUGCUGCAGGACCACAGCUGCUUCCGGCUGUUGCUGCGCAGCUUGGAGCUGCUGGGGACAGAGAAGGCCGUGAGCCUGAGCAUCCUCAGGAUCCUGAACAAGUUCCUGGACAGUUACCAGGAGGAUGUGCUGCCCUGGCAUGAGUGUGUGGAGCCCUGCGUGUCCUUCCUGAUCACGCACAGCAGCAGCUGGGAGGUGCUGCAGGAGGUCGUUGGCUUCCUGCACCGCCUGGGCAGUGCCAGCAAAGACUGUGUGGUGGUGAUGUGCCACGUGGGCACCCACGAGGCUCUGUCCAAAGCCCUGGAAAAGCACAGCACGGUGCCGUCGUUGGCACCGGCCCUGCUCGAGCUGGUGGCGGAGUGUGAGAAGUACGCCAGCCUCUACAAGAAGCUGACGAGCAGCAUCCUGGCUGGCUGCAUCCAGCUGGUCCUGGGACAGAUUGAGGAGCACCGCCGGAGCCACCAGCCCAUCAGCAUCCCCUUCUUUGAUGUCUUCCUGCACAACCUGUGCCAAGGCUCCAGCAUGGAGGUGAAGGAGGACAAGUGUUGGGAGAAGGUGCAGGUCUCUUCCAACUCGCACCAGGCCAGCAAGCUCAUGGACAGGAACCCCAGGACCUACUGGGAGUCGAACGGCAGCACCGGCUCCCACUUCAUCACUGUGCACAUGCAGUGUGGAGUGGUGAUCAGGGAGCUGAGCAUGCUGGUGGCCAGCGAGGACUCCAGCUAUAUGCCAUCGAGGGUGGUGGUGCUGGGCGGGGACAGCCCUGCCACCAUCAGGACGGAGCUCAAUGCGGUGACCAUCCUGCCCUCGGACAGCAGAGUGAUCCUGCUGGAGAACAUGACCCACUUCUGGCCCGUCAUCCAGAUCCGGGUGAAGCGGUGCCAGCAGGGUGGCAUUGACACACGUGUGCGUGGCAUCGAGGUGCUGGGUCCCAAGCCCACCUUCUGGCCCAUCUUCAGGGAGCAGCUGUGCCGGCGGACGUUCCUCUCCUGCACCGCUCGGGCUCACGCCUGGAGCCAGGAGAUCUGCCGAGACCGGGGGCGGCUGCUGCAGCUCUUUGGCAGACUGAACCGGGCGCUGCAGCACGAGCAGGGCUUUGCCAACCACUUCCUUCCCGACGACGAGGCAGCCCGGGCUCUGGGCAGGACGUUCUGGGAGGCCCUGGUGAACCCCUUGGUGCAGAGCAUCACCAGCCCAGACCCCGAUGGUGUCAGUCCCCUGGCCUGGCUGCUGAGUGAGUACCUGGAGAGCGUGGAGCUGCCCCGCCGUGCCACGGGACGCAGGGCUGCCUUUGGUUCCUGCGUGCGGCGCCUGACCCAGCUCCUGGUGCACGUGGACCCCGGCGGCCCCGAGCCAGAGGAGAGCAGAGCAGCUGGUGGGAAGCAGGGGAAGAGCAAGGAGGUGCCGGCCAGGACUGCAAAGGCGGUGGCGGAGAAGUCGAGAGGCCUGCGGGGAAUCUCGCAGUGCUGGCGUGGCGUGGUGCAGCAGCAGGUGCAGCGGUUCCUGGAGGCGGCGGGGCAGGCGCCGGACCUUGCGGAGCGCUACUGCCGGCUGUACCGGCGCCUGCGCGGGGCCACGGAGGAGCUCUUCGGGCAGCAGGCCGCCUUUGUGCUGGCCCUGGGCCAGGGCUUUGCGGGGGCUUUGCUGCAGCUCUCCUUCCUGACUGCCCUGCACGUGAGCGAGCAGUUUGCCCGCUACCUUGACGUGCAGAUCCAGGAGCUCCGCAGGGCUGCGGGCAGCACGGGGCCUCUGGAGCGGCUGCAGCAAUUCUUGGAGCCCUUCGUCGUCUUCAGUGGCCUGGAGUUUGCCCACACCUUUGAACACUUCUACAGGCACUACCUGGGGGACCGGCUCCUGACACAAGGGCCAUCCUGGCUGGAAGGAGGCAUCGUGGAGCAGAUCGGGCUGUGCUUCCCCAGCCGCUUUCCCCAAGAUAUGCUGAGCAACUUGGCCGAGUCGGAGGAGCUCCAGCGGCAGUUCUGCCUCUUCCAGCUGCAGGAGCAGGACAAGCGGCUGCUGGAGCUGGACACGGGCCCGGACGAGGUGCUGGGACCAGCCGCGGUGGCAGACGUGCCAGAGGUGAAGGUGCUGGCCCUGUCCCCGCGCUGCUGGCCCGUUUCCCCGCUCUGUUACAUGGAGAACCCUGGGAGGUUUUUCCCGGCGGUGCUGAGCUCCCCACUGGAUGAGUUUGCUGACUUCUGCCGGCAGAGCCAGAGCCAGCUGGGCUGGGAGUGCACGAAGCCCCGUCGGCUGCAGUGGACGUGGCUGGGCCACGCCGAGCUGCAGUUUGGAGACUGCGUCCUGCACGUGUCCACGCUGCAGAUGUACAUCCUGCUGUGCUUCAACAGCGCCCAGGAGGUGGCUGUGGAGGCCCUGCUGCAGGCUACGGGGCUCCCUGCUGACCUGGUGCACCACGCGCUGACCCCGCUGACCCACGGCCAGGGCGUCCUGGUGGGGAGCUGCACUCCAGGGGGGCCCAGCUCCAGCUUGGCUGAGCCUGGCUUGGGGCUGGCUCCAGGUGCACUGCGGCUGAACCAGGCAGCCCUGAGCUCCGGCCGCCAGCUGAGGCUGCUGCCCCAGCAGCGCUACCUGCGGACAGAGAGGGCCGAGGUGAGCGCCCUGGAAAGGAAGAGGAACGUCCUGUGCUGCCUCAUCACCCGCAUCCUCAAGGUGGAGAAGCAGCUGCACAUCGACAACCUGGUGUUCAGGGUGAUCGAUGCCUGUCAGAAGGGCGAGUUGGGCCCAGGGGUGCAGUUCCUGAGCUUCUGCUGCCACAGCGUGGACGUGCUGUCCUGCAUCCUGCACCUGCUGAACCAGGGCUAUCUCCGGCGCCAGGAGGGGAGGCCUCAUGUCUUGGAAUACAUCUCUGCUGAAUCCACAACGCUCCCCACUUCUCAGGUCCAGCCACAGGUUGCCUUCCAUACUGUAGAAAUCAAGACAGCAGCAAACCUGGCCUCUGCCGAAAGGAGACAGACUUUUUCCACGUUCAGGUAGACAAGGACGUGGCUGGGAGAACUCAGGUUGAAUCCAGUCUAUCUCUUCCUAAACACGUGUGAGUUUUAUCUAAAUAAAUGA